AUGAUCCAUCCGACGGGCUCUGACAAGCCAACGCGGCCAGGAGGAUAUGCCGCCGCUGUGCCCGGCAAUUUGCUGCUGGCGUUCUCGGAGAAUGUGCAUUGGAUCCAGGAUGUCACCGAUCCUCUUGCUGAUGACUUCCGGAACUUGAAGGAGCCCGGACCACAGCUGUCCCGGGAGGGCGCCUUCUUUGUGGUGGAGGGCCCUGAGGCCAUUCGUUUGCUCCUGGCCAGCGAGUUUGCUGUGACGAAGCUUCUGCUGAAGCCCUCCCUGCUGGACUCCAUGGCGGAAGCUUUGGUGUCGAGGCUCAAGCGUGAAACAAGCGCGGAUGCGGCUGCACAGGUCAUGCUUCUCCUUUGCGAAGCUAGCCUGAUGGAGCAGGUGACGGGCAUCCCGGCGAAGCAUGCGAGCGCUGCCUUGGCGAUCGCAAGACGAAGAGCGCCCUGCGGCUUACAGGAAAUCCCACAGUUCGUGGCGGGCGCUCCCUUUCGCGCACUUGCAUUGGAGAGAGGUCUUGACGAGGAAUCCGUCGGGGCUUUGUUUCGAGUCGCUGCUGCCUUUGGUGCCACCUGGCAGAUUGCAUUCUUCUUCAACGCAGGGUUCCAGCAGAACCCCAAACAUCAGAUCGGCUCAUCAGUCAUGGAAAGGCUUGCGCUCAUCGCGGCAAUCUGGUCUUGGCAUGGCUUCAUCUGUCUGUGA